GAGAAUGAGAGGGUUUAGCUAGGGUUUCGCACCUGACUUGAUAUAAAGACGGAGAGGGUUUCUAGUUAGGUUUAAGCGUCGAGCCUCUGUUCUGUUCAUUUGCAUUUCCAUUUUUCACACUCUCUCUGCUUUCACCAUGUGGACACUUCGUCGAGCUUCUCUUCGUCUCAGUACGAGCCAAGGACUUAACGCGGGAGCUACCCGUGCUUCGGCUGUCAAAUUAGUGCCAAUCACUGUUGAAGAAAAUGAGGCUGGUAUCCCUCAGUCUCGUCAAAUCACUCACAGUAGAUUUCUGUCCGCUGACACAUUUUGCCGCACGGGUCGGGUGUCCCUGAAAUUUGCUGUGGGCACGCGUGAACUUUCCUCACAAGCUGGUGCUAGCAGCACGAAAGUGGAUGAUGAUGAUUUGGAGGGUGGGUUGUCUGAGCUGGAGAUACAGGGAAGUAAUGAUGAAUCUGAUGCUGACCUGUCUGAUGAAGACGAGGAUGGUGGAAAACCAGUUGAUGAGAUGGACUUAUCAGAUGCUGACCCAACCAAGAAAAAAUCACAAGGUAGAAGGACUCAAUCGGAACUAUUCAAGGCAAUUGCAAAUGCUCCUGGGUUGUCUGUUGAUUCUGCUCUCAAUAAGUGGGUUGAGCAUGGGAAAGAACUAAGUCGGAAGGAGAUCUUGUUGGCUGUGCGUGAGCUUCGGAGACGUAAAAUGUAUGGGAGGGCUUUCCAGCUCUUUCAGUGGUUAGAGUCAAACAAGAAGCUUGAAUUUAUGGAGAGUGAUUAUGCUUCUCAACUUGAUUUGAUUGCCAAGUUGCGUGGCCUCCCAAAGGCAGAGAAAUACAUUGAGAGUGUUCCAGAAUCUUUUAGAGGCGAGCUAUUAUACCGAACAUUACUGGCUAACUGUGCUAGUCAGAACAAUUUGAUUGCAACAGAGAAAAUAUUCAACAAAAUGAAGGACUUGGAUUUACCACUUACAGCAUUUGCUUGUAACCAGUUGCUGCUUUUGUAUAAGAAGCUGGACAAGAAGAAAAUAGCUGAUGUUUUACUGCUGAUGGAAAAAGAGAAUGUCAAACCUUCUCUUUUUACUUACAGAAUCUUAAUAGACUCAAAGGGCCAGUCCAAUGAUAUUGCUGGAAUGGAGCAAGUGUUUGAGACAAUGAAGGAAGAAGGCUUUGAACCAGACAUCCAAAUACAGGCACUCUUGGCUAGGCAUUACACCUCAUCUGGGCUUAAAGAAAAAGCUGAAGCUAUGUUGAAGGAGAUGGAAGGUGAAAACUUGAAAGAGAAUCAGUGGGUAUGUGCAACUUUGCUCCGCCUUUAUGCAAACCUGGGAAAGGCUGAUGAAGUGGAGAGAAUUUGGAAGGUCUGUGAAUCAAAACCUCGAGUUGAGGACUGCCUGGCUGCAGUUGAAGCCUGGGGAAAGUUAAAUAAAAUUGAAGAAGCAGAGGCAGUUUUUGAGAUGGUGUCAAAGAAAUGGAAACUUAAUUCCAAGAAUUACUCAGUUCUUCUGAAGAUUUAUGCAAAUAAUAAGAUGCUAACGAAGGGUAAGGAACUUGUCAAGCUAAUGGCUGAUAGUGGGGUGAGGAUAGGCCCAUUAACAUGGGAUGCACUUGUGAAACUGUAUAUCCAAGCUGGGGAAGUUGAGAAGGCAGACUCUAUUUUGCAUAAGGCAAUCCAACAGAAUCAGCUGCAGCCAAUGUUUACCACCUAUUUGGCUAUUUUAGAGCAGUAUGCAAAGAGGGGUGACGUCCAUAACUCGGAGAAGAUUUUCCUUAAAAUGAGACAAGCAGGUUAUACGUCCCGAAUAAGUCAGUUCCAAGUUCUAAUACAGGCAUAUGUAAACGCCAAGGUUCCAGCGUAUGGAAUCAGAGAGAGGAUUAAAGCUGAUAACCUAUUUCCCAACAAAACGUUGGCUAACCAGUUGGCUCUAGUUGAUGCAUUUAGGAAAAAUGCAGUUUCCGAUUUGCUUGAUUGAGGCAUAUUUAGUAUUCUGCAAGGGUUGUUUCCUACGCUUUCCAUGCAACUAUUAUUAUUAGUUGAAUAGUAGAUUGCACAUUUAGUUUGAAUGAAUGUUGUCUUGCACUGCUAUCUAUAAGUUAGAUACACUUUUGCCUUUUAAGCGCAUUAUAUUAAUGCUUAAAUACUGCUUUUAUGAUUUUAUUA